GCCCUAGAUCCUUUCUUCAGCUGACAUACUUUUGCAAUCCCGAAAAAAGCGCCGCUUUCCGUUCUUCCGACUCUCAAAGUUAGCACCUAUGCAAUCUGCAAGUGAAGUUCCAGAUUCCAACAACGAUAGAAGCCAAAGUGAUGCCUCCUUAGAUAUGGUGUCAGAGGCACCCUCCGCUGAUAAACUACCUUUACCUCAAAACUUCAACAACCUCGGCAAUGCCCCGUUGGCUGACCGCAUAUUAUCCAACUCAUCGUACUUGGCUGCGGAAAUACCACAUAAGAUUGGAAACUGGGCAAAAAACAUAUGGGAGACUUCAACAGAUCUAUCCAACUCUGUGCUGAAUCGACAAGGAGCAUCCUUGCCAGGUAGCUGGACUGGCGAUAGCAACCAACCGGACAUUGAAGAAGCUGCGGAUCUCCGCAACCAAGGAUUAUGGCUUUUGGGUUGCCGUUACGAACUGCCUGAUAACGAAAGUUUAGAAAGUAAAAUAAUAGCAGCUCAAGCAGAAUCUAUGUUCGAUCAACAAGCUGCACACUCUUUGACAGCCGUUCCUGACACUGGUGCUGCACCAGAAUCAACUUCAGUCACCGCACACUCCGAUACCCCUUCCACUGUCUCAGACGCUCCACCACCAACAGAGAAGCCUGCUAAUGAUUCAGCCGAAGAAAACACCAUCAGUAAAUUCGCAGUGUCCUCAUUAUGGCCAGCUGAUUUCUAUGAGGAUUUCACUUCUCGACUUUGGUAUACUUAUCGCCACAACUACCCACCUAUCCGACCAGCAAAUUAUAAGACAGAUAUUGGAUGGGGCUGCAUGCUAAGGAGCGGACAAAGUCUUCUUGCAAAUACAUUGAUGAUACAUUUAUUGGGACGAGAUUGGAGAAGAAGCACAAUGACAAAAUCCGGCUGGAACCAGUAUGCAAAAAUUGUACACUGGUUCUUGGACGAAUUAUCAGCCAGAGCGCCUUUCUCCAUACAUAGAAUAGCCUUGCUUGGUAAACAAUUGGGUAAAAACAUUGGAGAGUGGUUCGGACCCAGUACAAUUGGACAAGUCAUUCAGGCUUUGGUCACCGAUUACCCUCCCGCAAAACUUACUGUGUAUGUAACGUCCGAUGGCGUUGUAUACAAGAAGGAUGUCAGAGCCAUCGCAAAAGGAAGUCGCCCCAGAUAUGACCUAGGAAAGAUUUCACCUCGUGGAAGUUCUGAAGAGGCGAGAGAAGAGAGAGAGCUACAUCAAAAAUAUUUCAGCCGCAAAAUAGAGAUGGAGGAAAGUCCAGCUGAUGCUGGUAAAUUCCAAUCCGUUCUCAUUCUUGCCCCCAUCAAGCCUGGUAUUGACAGCAGCAUCAAUCCUAUUUAUUACAAGACGCUUAAAGCGUACUUUCAACUUCCUCAAUUUGUCGGUAUAGCUGGCGGUCGACCAAAUUCAUCGCUGUAUUUUAUUGGUUUACAAGGUGACGACCUUAUUUAUCUCGAUCCACACUUUUCUCGUUCAGCAGUGGAAACAAAAGCACUCCAAGAGUACACAGCAGCAGAUUUCUCUUCAUACCAUUGUAGCAUACCCCGUAAGAUACACAUUUCCCAUUUGGACCCGUCCAUGUUGCUUGGAUUCUACUGCCGCACCGAAGACGAUUUCAACAACUUCUGCGAUACUCUUUCUAAGAUCAAUCAAAUGUACAAGAAAGCACCAUUGCUUACUGUCGAUGAAGAAGCGCCAGAGUACGAUGAAGAUGUACGCAGUGAGGAGGACUUUGGGGUUAUUAGUGGCGAGGAAUAUCAUAGUGAACAUGACGACGAGUUGUACGACGAGCUAUCAAAGUAACCAACCCAUCGGAAUUGGCACUCUACAUCAGUACCUCGCCUUUACCAACAUGCCAUAUGAAGCUUAGACAAACGAUGUCCAAGCAUGCAUGUUAUAUAUAUCUCUCUACACAAAUAUAUAU